AUGCCCUCAGAGGUGAUCCGGGCGCCGCCGGGGCUGCCCAACAACAUUGCGGAGGUGCAUGUCACGGGCAAGACCACCACAAGCAUCUCUUUCGAUUGGCCAAGUCCCUCGGGCAAUGGCGAAUCGGUGAAGCACUUCUACGUGCGCUGCCGCGAGGUGCGGGUGCUGCGCGGCUGGUUGGGAGGUAGCCCAGCCUCGCCGGAAGUCAGUGAAGCUUCAGCAGGCAAGUACGAAGAAGUGGAUCAAUGGUGGCCCGCCGUGGCCCGGCCGUUCCAGAAUCCGGAGGGUGAAUCUGAAAGCGGCUGGGCCCGACGCGCCUCUGUCAUGGGCGGCAUCACGCAGACCUACGUGCUGGAAGGUUUGCAACCCGCCAGCUGCUACGAAUUGGAGGUGGUGGCUGAGAAUGCCGUCGGGUUGAGUGCGGCAACUCUCUCAGGGGAAGUGAAGACCUUGUCCACGGAACCGGGACCGCCCAGUCAAUGCAGAGGAUGCCCAGGAGAUGCCACGAUCAACAGCGUGAAGUUCUCCUGGACGGCACCGACCUACCACGGAGGUGAGGACAUCUUGGGCUACGAGGUGCGAUGGAUUCCCAAUGAGGUCUACCAGCCUGCGCCCACGGACAUCGAAGUCUUGUUGAAGGAUUCGCAGCGCUUCAUCUUGGGCCCCGACUGCUUCGAGUUCGUGGCGGAGGGUCUCCAUCCGGGGGACGCUGCGGUGCCCAUCGUGCGUGCGUGGACGGAUGCCGGGCAUGGCGGCUGGUCUCGGCUCCCGCUGGAUGCAGACAUCGAGGACUUGUCUUCUCAGCCGGACAACCCGGCAGAAAUGGAGAUUGCUCCGAUUCUCGAAAGGACAGAGGCUGAAGACCACCGGUUGUAUUCAUUGAAGGCUACAUGGAUAUGUCCAGAUAUGAUGGGGCGGCCAAUCUUGUGCGCGUCACACAAGUUGAUCCGGGUAGACACCGAAGAGGACCGAGAGGCCAUUCUCGCCAGUGGGAGAGUUCCUCCACCACCUGCCUCGGAAGAAGAACCACAAGAGUUCACGAUUGUUCGAUGCUGA